AUGGAGAUCGCCAAAGUCCUCGUCCGCACUGUCACCCGCGUCUUCUACGACACCGAGCAGAUCAUCGUCAUCGAUGCUCUUGUCAACCAUGGCGCCAUCUCCGCCGCCGACCUGUCGCUCGUCAUGGACGAGGGCAAGAACCACAAGAAGGUCCAGAAGUACUGCGCCAAGUUGAGGGAGGGCGGCCUUGUCUCAGUUUACGUUCGCUCCGAGACGCGCGAAGGCGCCCAGAAGCCGACGAACAAGGAAUAUUACUACAUUGACUACCGUCGCGCUGUCGACUGCACCAAAUACCGCAUUCAUAUGCUAGAUGAGAAGAUCAAGGCCAUCUCGAAGCCUACUCAGGAGAAGAAGGACUACCUCUGCCCGCGGUGCAACUCACAAUGGACCACAAUGGAGGCCCUGGACCAUGUCGACAUGCGCCGCGGUGGCUUCCUGUGCAAGCGCUGCGACGCCCCCCUGAAGUCGCGCAACACCGCUGAGGACGCUGAGCCAGAGGCCGACGAUACGCCCGCAAAGUUCAACAAGCAAUUCAAGCCUCUGCUGGACAUCCUGCAGCAGAUCGAUUCGACUACUGUACCUGCCGUCACCGGCGAGGAAGCCGUCGCCAACGCGAAGCCCGUGCCACGCGAUGAACACAUCAACCCGGCGCAGAAGACCGAGGUAGUAGUCGACGAGAAGCUCCGUCCAACCGCUGUUAAGGGCCUCACAACUGGACCGGAGAAGGUUGAAAUCACCAUUUCUACCGAGGAGGAGAACACGGCGGCAGAGCAGGCAAGGGUCGCGGCUCACAAGGCCAAGAUUGCGGCAUCGAAUGAGCUGCCCGUGUGGGCCACGCACUCGACUGUUGGUAGCGAGGCAGCCGGGCCUAAAGCGAAUGGAGAUGCUGGGGCCUCGAUAGAUUUGGGCAAUGGGCUUGAGACGGCGGAGGAGAAGAAGACCAACACAGCAGAGCUUGAUGCCUACUUUGCUGCACUAAGGGAGGAACAGGAGAGGAAGGCGAAGGAGGAGGAGGAAGAUGACGAAGAUGACGAGGACGACGAUGAGUUUGAGGACGUCAUGGGUACACCUGCGGCCACUACUGCCGGUGAUAGUGCUCCGGAGGCGAAGAGGGUGAAGCUGGACGACUCAGCAGCUCCUACGCCUCCCAUAUCGUCUGUCCCCGCGGCGUCGUCUGCUCAGCCAUCCGGGGGUGAGGAGUCGGAUGCAGACGAGUUUGAAGACGCUCUUUGA